AAGACCACCCUGCAGAAAAGUAAAACUAAUGCUCUAACAUUGUACACAACUCUCUUACCUUACCCUUAAAAACAUUUAGUACUUGUCUAAUUCCUCUUUCAUUAUCUCACUUCUCCAUUAUUCUCCUCUUCAUAGACCCACCACCACCACCACCACCACCACAAACACCACCACCCUUUUCAAGUUUUUAAACAUAUUUCAAGUUUUAGUAAAAAGAAAAGAAAAGGAAAAAGGGAAAGAAAGAUUGCAACUUUUUCAAUAUAAAAGAAAAGAGAGAGAAAUUUCUUUUACUUUUUCAUUUAAGUUUUCCUCAAGUAAAGAUUUAUUUAUUCUUUUUGAACAUCGAAUCUUUUCCGCUUGCUGUAUCAAUCCAAACAAUCAAUUAUCGUCACCUACAUAUUUCUAAACUUUUGCCGAAAGAUUCUUAAAAAAGAGUUCCAAUCUUUCUUUAUCUUCUUGUUUGCGGUACUCAGUCAUGGAACCACCAGAGAAGAAAAGUGAUUUUGAAGAAGCAGAAAAGAUAAUUCUGAGGUGGGAUUCAACAGCAUCAGAAGAAGCACGAGAAAAAAUGAUCUUUGAAGGAGAUAGAGAUGAAGUAGAUCGAUACUUGAAGGCUAUUGAUGAACUUCAGAAAUCAAUGUCUUCUACUUCAAUCUCUGAUGAUGAUCAAGAUAAAGUCAACUCUGCAACCAUCCAGAUCGCUAUGGCUAGACUUGAAGAUGAAUUUCGCAACAUACUUCUUAAUCAUACUACUCCUGUUGAAUUAGACUCGCUCACCUACGCUGCCGAUCCUAGCUCUUCAGUUCACUCAUCAAGCGCAGGAGGUGUGUUUCUUGAUGAAGAUGAUCAUGUGGAUGAGGAGGUUCAAGAUAAUCAAGAUCCGAUUCAAAGAGCUGAUUCCACUGCCAGUAAUAGCAGUGCAAGUUAUAGAUCCACUAGUAGUAUUCGUGAGAUUGAUCUGAUCCCUCAGGAUGCAGUAUCUGAUCUUCAAUCCAUUGCCAUGAGGAUGGUCUCUUCUGGGUACUUGCGCGAGUGUAUUCAAGUAUUUGCAAGUGUAAGGAAAUCUGCUGUUGAUGCAAAUUUUAAGAGAUUAGGAAUUGAGAAGUUGAGUAUUGGGGAUAUUCAAAGACUUGAGUGGGAUACUUUAGAGACUAAGAUUAGAAGAUGGAUAAGGGCAGCUAAAGUUUGUAUAAGGAUUUUGUUUGCAAGUGAGAAGAGGUUGUGUGAGCAGAUUUUCUAUGGAAUUGGUACAGCUGUUGAUGAUGCUUGUUUUAUGGAGACUGUCAAAGGUCCAGCAAUUCAGUUGUUUAAUUUUGCUGAAGCUAUAAGUAUAAGCAGGAGAUCUCCAGAGAAAAUGUUCAAGAUUCUGGACUUACAUGAUGCUUUAAUGGACUUGAUGCCUGAUAUUGAGAUGGUUUUUGAAUCAAAAUCAGCUGAUUUGAUUCGUGUUCAGGCUGCUGAGAUUUUAUCAAGAUUAGCUGAGGCUGCUAGAGGGAUCUUAUCUGAGUUUGAGCAUGCUGUUUUGCGUGAACCUUCUUUGGUUCCAGUACCUGGAGGGACAAUUCAUCCCUUGACAAGGUAUGUAAUGAAUUAUAUCAGUUUGAUUUCGGAUUAUAAGCAGACUUUAAUCGAGCUUAUUUUGUCCAAACCGUCAACUGGCUCAAGAUAUUCUGGGGAUUCAACUACUCCAGACAUGGAAUUUGCUGAGCUAGAGGGGAAAACCCCGUUGGCCCUUCAUUUAAUUUGGAUUAUAGUCAUUUUGCAAUUCAAUUUGGAUGGCAAGUCCAAGCAUUACAAAGAUGUAUCCUUAGCACAUCUGUUCAUGAUGAACAAUGUUCACUAUAUUGUUCAAAAGGUUAAAAGUUCGCCCGAGUUAAGAGAAAUGAUUGGAGAUGAUUACUUGAGGAAGCUAACAGGGAAGUUCAGGCAGGCAGCGACUAGUUACCAGAGAGCAACUUGGGUGAGGGUGUUGUAUUGUUUGAGGGAUGAGGGUUUACAUGUGAGUGGAAGUUUCUCCUCUGGGGUGUCGAAGAGUGCCUUGAGAGAAAGGUUCAAGACCUUCAAUGCUAUGUUUGAAGAGGUUCAUAGGACUCAAGCAACAUGGUUAGUGCCUGAUAAUCAACUACGAGAGGAGCUUCGGAUUUCUAUAUCAGAGAAGUUGAUUCCAGCUUACAGAUCAUUUCUUGGGAGGUUCAGGAGUCAUAUAGAAAGCGGAAAGCAUCCGGAGAACUAUAUGAAGUACUCGGUCGAGGAUUUGGAGAACGCAGUCUUGGAUUUCUUUGAAGGGUACCCUGUAUCUCAGCACUUGAGGAGGAGAUCCCAGUAAAGAAAUGGGGAUUUGAGUUUUGCCAGCUUAUGAACUAGGACACAUUCUUUGAAUUUUUUGUGGGGUGUUUAGGUGGAUGUGGUGCUGGUCACUAGGAGGGCUGCCCUGUGCUCUCUGAUUCUUUAAGCAUCACUGGUUAAAAAAUUUUGUGCAGAUUGGGAGGAGUCAAAGUACAAGUUCAUUUGGGAAGAUCAGGUGCAGCUCUCCACAAUAGUAGCCAGCUCUCUAAACCUGAAUGUUUUCCACACUGUAAGCAUCAUGUUGUUUGCUUUGUUAGCCUUUGUUACCACAUUCUAGAUUUUUGUCUCAUUUGUUCAUAUGGGAAUUUGUUUUUAUGUGUGAUUUCCUUAAUAUCCAUGAUAUGAAGAAGCAGAUCUUCUUUUCUAGCCUCAA